GGAGAAACCGGUGGACUGCUAGCGGGUGUGCGCCAUCGUUGCAAGAUGGCGGACCUCCUCGGAUCGAUCUUAAACUCGAUGGAGAAACCUCCGACAGUCGGAGACCAGGAGAGCCGGCGAAAGGCUCGAGAGCAAGCUGCAAGACUAAAGAAGAUGGAAGAAUUGGAGAAAAGAAAGAAAGCGGAGUUCAGGAAGAAGAUGGAGAAGGAGGUGUCUGAUUUCAUCCAAGACAGUUCUCAGCAAAAGAGAAAAUACAACCCCAUGGGAAAGAUCGAAAGGAGUAUCCUGCACGACGUCGCAGAAGUGGCGGGUCUGACUUCGUUUUCCUUCGGCGAGGACGAGGAGAGCCGCUACGUCAUGCUGUUUAAAAAGGAGUUUGCUCCGUCCGACGAAGAGCUGGAGGCGUACCGCAAAGGACAGGAGUGGGAUCCCCAGCUGGCAGAGCAGCGGCGCAGACUCAAAGAGCAGGCUGCGUUAGAAGAGGCAGCGUCCGCUCAGACGGAAAAGACGCAGGCGUGUCCCAACUCCAACUACAGAGACAAGUACAGCCACCUGAUCGGCACGUCAGCCGCGAAGGACGCAGCCCACACGCUGGAGGCUAACCGGACGUACGGCUGUGUGCCGGUGGCCAACAAGAGAGACACUCGCUCCAUCGAGGAAGCCAUGAAUGAAAUCCGAGCGAAGAAACGGCAGAAGCGCGAGGACGAGACGGGGGCACAGAGCAGCAGCUCCUGAGUUUCCCCUGCUGCUCUGUGUGUGUGUGUGUGUGUGUGUGUGUGUGUGUGUGUGUGUGUGUUACUUUGUGUGCACAGUCUGAUUCAUCUGUCGAUGCAGUUUCCUGUACUUCAGAUAUUUUAAAGUAUAACUUAUAGACCGGCAGGCUUUUAAUCUGUAUGAACGGGACUGUGACAUGAAAGCUUGCUCAGUGGAGGACGUUCAGGUGUGUCUGAUCCAGAAGGCAGACUGUUACUAAUCACCUUUCUUUUUUUUUUUUUAUUAAACGUCUGCUCGUCACAUGGGGGGGUCACUCGUUCAGAUUCACAUGCCAUUCUAGACCCUAGCAGUAUGACUACGUUUUUUUUCUGGAAAAAGUCUUGGCAUUCAAAAAAAAAAAAAAAAAAAAAAAAGGCAAUACCCGAUUUUUAAUUGAAAUGUUUGUUGGUUAGUUAUAAUGUUGUUGCAGCUGCGUAUUUACAGUUGUAAGGAAACGUUUUUAUUAUCAGAAAUAAUGCUGAUUUUUGUACCUUGACUGUGUUUUAGGAUGUUGCAGCUGCAAAAGUUCCCACCUGUAGUGUUUGAAAAUCCCCUGUACAGCGUUUCUUUGUUAACAAAAAAACCUUUUAGCUCUAUUUGUUCACCGUCUGUUUUAGCGUCAACCUCGUCGAUUUGUCCAUCACAGGAGAAAGCCAGUUUUUUUAAAAGAGAAACACUUUAUCUGACUUUUUAAUUGUGAUUUUUUUUUUUUUUUGAUCUGCACUGACUUAAGUGUGAAUGUUUUUUUUUUUUUUUUUUUUUUAUUAUUUUAAGCCAAACAAAAGGGGGCUUACCACUAAAAUGGAGUGAAGGUACAAACUUCUUCUAGCUUUAAUAAAAUCUAUCCAAUGUCAUUUUUGUCAUAGACAAUGAACGGAGGAGGAGUGACUUGGUGUCAUUAUGUCUUUUUAAACAGGAUAACCUUGUUUUAUUUCCAUGUGUGUUAAUAAAUGCUGCUCGGGAUCAUG